AUGAGAGUCAAGAAGUUUGUGUCACAGUUUAGUACUAAGUUUUGGUGUGUCAACUUUGUGGAGAUGGGUUUCUUGUUGAUGCUUUAUGCUGUUGGUGCUCUUUUGGCCCUAAGAUUUCUCUUCAAGAAUGUAAAUUGGUUGCUCUAUGAAUACAGACUAGGGGAAAAGCGAUACUUUCUUCCUCCAGGUGACAUGGGUUGGCCUUUAAUAGGCAACAUGUGGUCCUUCCUCAAAGCUUUCAAGACCAAUGACCCUGAUUCUUUCAUGGCUUCCUUUGUCUCAAGGUUUGGAAAGAGUGGCAUAUACAAGGUCUUGAUGUUUGGAAACCCAAGUGUUAUUGUAACAACACCUGAAGCAUGCAGAAGAGUUUUGACGGAUGAUGACAAAUUCACUUUAGGUUGGCCCCGUUCUACAGUAGAGCUCAUUGGAGAAAAAUCAUUCAUUUUAAUGCCCUAUGAAGAACAUAAGCGCCUUAGACGCUUAACAUCUUCCUCAAUCAAUGGCUACGAAGCACUCUCCGUUUACUUGAAAUAUAUUGAAGAAAUUGUAAAAAGUUCAUUGGAGAAAUGGACUACCAUGGGAGAAAUUGAGUUUUUAACUCAAAUGAGAAAGCUUACUUUUAAAAUCAUUAUACAUAUUUUUCUUGGCGCAGAAAGUGAAUCUAUUAUGGAGGCUUUGGAGAAAGAAUACACAAUACUUAAUUAUGGGGUUAGAGCUAUGCGAAUUAACCUUCCUGGAUUUGCAUUCCAUAAAGCAUUGAAGGCCAGGAAAAAUCUAUUGGCUGUGUUUCAAUCUGUUGUGGAUAAGCGAAGAAACGAAAGGAAGGAAAAAUUGUCCAACAAAAAAGCCAAAGAUAUGAUAGAUGCUUUAAUAGACGUUGAAGAUGAAAAUGGAAGAAAAUUAGGUGAUGAGGAGAUCAUUGAUAUUAUGUUGAUGUAUUUAAAUGCGGGUCAUGAAUCCUCAGGACAUAUUACCAUGUGGGCCACCUAUUUUCUCCAAAGGCAUCCAGAAUAUUUCAAGAAGGCCAAGGAAGAACAAGAAGAAAUACUAAGAAAAAGGCCUUCAACACAAAAAGGUUUGAUACUCGAAGAAGUUCGAAAGAUGGAAUAUCUUUCUAAGGUGGUUGAUGAAACAUUACGUGUGGUUACAUUCUCACUAAUGGUCUUUCGAGAGGCAAAAUCUGAUGUCAAUAUCAAUGGUUACAUGAUUCCAAAAGGUUGGAAAGUUCUAACUUGGUUCAGGUCAGUUCAUCUUGAUCCUGAAAUAUAUCCUAAUCCAAAGGAGUUCAAUCCCGAGAGAUGGAAUGAGAUUCGCAAGGCUGGAGAAUUCCUUCCAUUUGGUGCAGGAACUAGACUAUGUCCUGGGAAUGAUCUUGCCAAGUUGGAAAUCUCGGUUUUCCUUCAUCAUUUUCUUCUGAAUUAUGAGCUCGAACAACUGAAUCCUGAAUCACCCCUAAGAUUCUUACCCCACACAAGGCCUUUGGACAAUUGUUUGGCAAGGAUCAAGAAGGUCAAAUAAUGGCAAGAUCCUAAAGGAAAAAGAGCAGCAUCUCAAUAU